AUGGAUCGUACUUGGAUGAAAGCUGAUAGAUUAGGUCCGAUAUAUGAGAAAGGAGUUUUGGAAUUCCUUAAAUACGCUGAUCAAAAUCUUCCUGGAAAUAAUGGUAUCUUUUAUUGUUCUUGUGUUAAUUGCGGGAAUAUAAAGAAAGGUACAGAGGAUGAGAUAUUACAUCACCUAUGUUGUGAUGGUGUAUAUCAAAAUUAUACAAUAUGCACGUGGCAUGGUGAGGUGGAAAAAAAUCAAAACCUUGCAUCACAAAGUAACGAAGUUAAUGAAGAAGAAUAUAUGGAUGACUGUCUAGAAGAUAUGUUCUGUGAUAUUGGAAAAUCUUCUUUUAAGAAAGCCCAUAUUUAUGAUGAUUUAUGUAGUGAUAAAGACACCCCUUUAUAUAAGGGGUGCACAAGUUUUACACGAUUGUCUGCGGUUUUAAAAUUGUUUAAUCCAAAAGCAAAUAAUGGGUGGUCGGAUAAAAGUUUCACAGAAUUGCUUCAUUUUCUAAAACAAAUGAUACUUGAAGAUAACGAUUUUCCUGAUCGUUGUUAUGAUGCCAAGAAGAUAUUGUGUCCAAUAGGUUUUAAGUAUAUCAAAAUACAUGCAUGCCCUAAUGACUGCAUAUUAUACAAGAAAGAGUUUGAAAAUUUUGAUCAAUGUCCAAAAUAUGGGGUGUCGCGUUACAAGCUGAAGGACAACAAUGGUGAUGACAAUAACAAUGGAAAUGUUAGUAGGAAGAGGCCUCCUGCUAAAGUGCGAUGGUACUUGCCAAUAAUUUCAAGAUUCAAGAGACCUUUUGCUAAUGCGGAUGACGCAAAGAAUAUUAGAUGGCAUGCAAAUGAAAGAAAAUAUGAUGGAAACAUAUGCCAUGUAGCUGAUUCUUUGUAA